UCCCGCCAACCAUGGCCGCUGAUAACCUCCACCACCGCUCAAAGCCACACACCACCACCCUCCUCCAAAACCCCAACCACAUUUCCAUCACUAAUUUUAACCUCAAGCAUAACAAUAAUCAUCAUGAUUCCAGCACCUGGUCCUUCGCCGAUGCCUCCUUCCUACAAUGGACGAUUGCGGAUGUAUUCGGUGUCUUCAAGCACCAUCCGAUCCCCUGCUUCUUUGCUCUUUCAUUGUUGUUUUUCAUGGCGGUCGAGUAUACGCUCCGGAUGAUUCCGCCAUCAUCUCCGCCGUUUGAUAUCGGCUUCCUCGCCACCGUACAUCUCCACCGUAUCCUCGCCUCGAGUCCUACUCUCAACACCAUUCUCGCAGGACUUAAUACGGUGUUUGUGGCGAUGCAAUCGGCGUAUAUCAUAGGGACGUUGGUGAUUGAAGGGCGGCCGAGAGCCACCGUGGCGGCGCUGUUCAUGUUCACUUGCAGAGGGAUAUUAGGCUAUUCAACUCAGCUUCCUUUGCCGGAGGGAUUUUUGGGUUCGGGUGCGGACUUUCCGGUAGGGAACGUGUCGUUCUUCUUGUUCUAUUCGGGUCACGUGGCCGGAUCGGUGAUUGCAUCAUUGGAUAUGAGGCGGAUGAAGCGGCGAGAGUUGGCGGUUCUGUUCGACACCUUGAACUUCCUACAAGUGGUGAGGCUUCUGAGCUCAAGAGGACACUAUACCAUCGACUUGGCUGUCGGAGUAGGUGCCGGCAUGCUCUUCGAUUCCCUUGCUGGAAAAUACAUGGACAAGUCUGCAAACAUCUUAUCUUGACCUCUUCGGAUUCUUGAUAUUUGUACAAUUACUCAUUAGGAUCGAGGUUUUUCAAUUACAAUUGGUUCCAACAUCUUUUAGUUUUGUAACCUCUAAUGUUCAUGUGCAUUCAUCGUAUUAGAAUAUGUGGAGCCUCUUUUAAUUAGGGGUCGUUUA